AUGUCCGGCUAUUACAACGUCGAGUGCAGCACAACGAACUCGAACGAAGAUGACUACGACCCUUUCGGUUCGACGCCGAGUCAGCAGCCGAAGUCGCUUCCUAAGAAGGAACUCCUGCCACGCGCUCAGUUCUUCCACGGUAAGAUCGACCGGCACGUAGCCGAGUGCCGGCUACAACAAGCGAAUCAGAGGGGUGCGUAUCUCGUGCGACAGUCGAAGAACGGAUUUGUGUUGUCAUUCCGAGGCCAUUCCGGAAUCCACCAUUUCCGGAUCGCUGCCGUGUGCGGCGACUUCUACAUCGGUGGACGUCGAUUCUCGACCCUGUCCGAGCUGGUCGGCUACUACACGCAUGUGUCGGACAUCCUGAAGAGUGAGAGGUUGCACUACCAUGUCGUCCCACCGGAGCCUGCACCUCACAACCGCAAAGUCGUCGCCAUACUCCCGUACAAUAAGCUAGCGGAUACCGACGAACUAUCCUUCAAGAAAGGCGACGUGUUCGAAGUCGAGCAGGACAUGGGGGACGGAUGGCUAUGGUGUAAGAAAGUUGAAGGCGAAGGGCUCAAUCCCAACGAGGAUUUACCUUCCGGUCUCGUGUACCACGAGCUCGUGGCCGACUUCACGGAAGAGUGCUAUCCUUGGUAUCAUGGUAGCAUCUCCGCUGUCGAUGCGGCUGCGAAACUCGUCGAAGGGGGCGAAGGAAGUUUUCUCGUUCGUCCGUCGGAUCGCUCUCCGGGAGACUACUCGAUAUUCCUCUUCAUCAACAAAUCAAUCCAACGCUUCCGCAUCGAGAAGAAGCAGAACACUUUCGUUAUGGGCGGCAGAUACUUCGAUACUCUCGAGGCAAUCAUUACAAGGUAUAAAACGGAACACAUAGCCGAAGGUCAUUGUUUAGGAGACCCUAUCCUUAAAGCACCGCAGUUCGGGGUGCCGAACAGUCAGGCGAAAGUCGAAGAGAUCUAUUCGACUAUCCAGCAGCUCCGGGAGCAGAACACGCGCACCUCGACCGCGAUGAAAGGCUUCCUCCACAAGAAAACUGUCGAUAACAAGAAAUGGAAACAAGCCUGGUUCGUUUUGAACGCGGGAGAAGCGAUGCUAUAUUUCUACGACAACCCUCACCGAACGAAACCCAGGGGUAUUAUCGAUCUCGGUUGUUCGGGCCUGUACGCGGUCCACGACUCACUGUUCGACCAGCCUCAUUGCUUCCAAUUAGUGGAGCGAGCGUUGCCUUGCCUCAGCACGAUCUACUAUCUAUCCGCACCGGACGGUGAGGCGGCUCAGGACUGGUACACGAGCCUCUCGAAAAUCUGCAACCCACAAUCCGGCCAGUUACGACAUAUCUGCUCGAUGAAAGUGUGCCUCAUCGAGGCCAAACGUCUUCCGCCGCUCCUGGUCCUGAAUCCGUUCUGCGUGAUGUCGUUGGAUGAUAUAAAAAUAGCGCGAUCUCAGGUCAAAUCAGCGCCGGAUCCCGUCUGGGAGGAGGAAUACUGCCUCGACGAUAUUCCCUCAAAUAUAAAUAGCUUUACCGUGACCGUUUGCUCUAAAGGCAAGAAGGACAAAAACGCUGACAUGGCUCAAGUCAUUCUGGAGCUCAAAGACAUGUGGACCAUGGAGCCGAUAGAUAAAUGGUACCCGCUGCAGGGAGUAUCUCCUGUUUUAGAGAACUGGGGCUCACUACAUCUGCGAGUCCAUUUCUCCAAGGAAGUCAUCCUCCCUAUCAGCGAGUACGCAACGUUGCGUCAGCUCCUGCUUGAAGACGACUUCUCGCUGGUGAUGGAAAUUCAGGAAGUGUUCUCAAGAGAGACCUCGCUGCUCGCCAAGAAUCUUCUGACUUUAUUCAUAGCCGAGAAGAAAGAAGCGAAACUUCUGAAAGCUCUGGGCCUGCGCGAGAUCGAAAACGAAACGGAUGCCAGUAUUAUGUUCCGUGGGAGCAGUCUUUUCACGAGCAUGAUUGAUCUCUACAUGAAGAACGGCGCCCUAGACUUUAUUCGUAGCUCUAUUUCGGCUCCGGUAGCCUCGAUCGUCAACGGGAAACAGUCCUGCGAGCUCAAUCCUGCGAAGCUGGACUCUUUGCACGACGCGUGCACGAAUGCCGAACAUCUGCUGGCGAUGUUGGACGACUUCACGGAGAAAAUCUUUGCAUCCGUAUACCAGUUACCUCUUUGCCUACGUUAUUUGCUGGCUACAUUCCAGAAAGCUAUAAUUAAACGAUGGCCCAACGAGCAUCUCCUUCGAACUCAGGUCAUAUCGUCGUUCAUAUUCCUCAGACUUUUGUGUCCGGCGAUAAUAAAUCCUCAUCAGUAUAAAAUUGUAACCUCGGCGCCGUCGCCGAUGGCGAGUCGCAACCUGAUGCUCGUUGCGAAAUGUCUCCAAAACCUCUCGAACCUCGCCGAGUUCGGCCUCAAGGAGCAAUGGAUGGAAGUUGUGAAUCCGUUCAUUCUCAAGAAUAAGUCUAAAGUGAUAAGAUUCAUCGAAGAAAUUUGCGCCGUCAAUACAACCGAUGUGCCCAGAGGGAUGGGCGAGUGUGGAGCCCUCAAGGAUACGGCGCGCGCUCUCGAAUCUAUUUUCAGUUUAACGAUGUGUCAUCUGUCAGAGGUCAAGAGCCAACCCCGACUCAAGAAACUUGCCAUGGUGUGUGAGAUGCUAGUCAAACAUAAAGAAAAACUAGAAGCUCCUUCGACAUGAGCUCGUGAGCGACAUCUCAAACGUAAACGAAAUUAUAUUGUCGGAUAGGAGUUUCUCGUACUCAACGAACGAUCUUUUAAACAUGCCAAACGAACCGCUUUAUCAUUUCAUCAUAGCUUUUGUGUACACGGACCCCGCGUCCUUCAGGCUUAGGGUGUACUUGACAUCUGUGUAUUCGGCAUGGGCUGAGAACGUUACAGCGGAUGAGCGAUCAUCCAAUGAAUCGACACUGUGACCAGCCGUAGAGGCCAAACGCGGCCCAUCGUGAAUGUGAACGUGGUAUUAUUUUCGGGGAAUGUAGUCUCAUAUCAAUAGCAAUUACCGUGCCAUUGUGCCACACUCAUGUGUUCUGAUAG